AUGGCAGCCUCAGCAGUAGAAGAUGCUGCUGCAGCAGCUACUGUUGCUGCUGCUGCAGCAGCAGCAGCAGCAGAUGCUGCUGCCAUUAAUGCUGCCAGCCUCAGAUGCUACAACUGCAAGGAGCUGCAGGAAUAUGAUGUCUCUUCUUUGUUUGUGGUGGCCCUGUCUGUGCAGUGCAGCAGCUGCUUGAGCAGCAGCUUUGUCCCUUUUGCUGCUGCUCUCUCCCGCUGCUGCUUUUGCUACUCCAUUUGUGCAACAAGGUCUAGCAGCCUAAACCCUAAACCCCAAACCCUAAACCCUAAACCCCAAACCCUCAAAUCCAAACGCCGGUCAUCCACGCGAAAGUCCCACUCAGCAAACCCUAAACCCCAAAAGAGCGAAUCCAAAGAGGCUCUUGAUGGCACAGCAGCAGACCAGCAGCAGCAGCAGCAGCAGCAGCAGCAUGAGCAGCAGCAGCUGCAGCAGCAGCAACAGGCGAACGGCACAGCUGCUGCUGGACCCACAGCAGCAGCAGCAAAGCGUGAGACGGGCGCCGCAGCACCAGCACCAGCAGCAGCAGCAACAGCAGCAGCAGCUGCAGCAGCAACAGCAGCAGCGAAAGCAGCCUCAAAGAUAACGCCUGUAGCUCCGCCGCCAAAGCCACGGCUGUCACCUCAAGCAGCAGCAGCAGCAGCAGCAGCAGCAGCAGCAGCAGCAGGUGGCGGUGCAUCUGCUGCUGCAUCGCCCCGAAGCAGAAUGACAAGAGAGCAGCUGCUGCAGCAGCUGCUGCUGCCUCCCUACGAUGGCAUUAACCUUAAGGAAGUCGCAGUAGCGAAGCAUCCUCAGCAGCAGCAGCAGCAACAGCAGCAGCAACAGCAACAGCAGCAGCAGCAGCAACAGCAGCAGCAGCAGCAGCAGCAGCAACAGCAGCAGCAGCAGCAGCAACAGCAGCAGCAAGAUGCCGCAGCAAAAAGGCCCCUGCUAACACUAAAAGCUUUGGCCCCUGUUGACGCGCGGCCAUCUCCCAGGAGAAAGGAAGCCUCAUCUGCUGCUGCUGCUGCUCCUGCUCCUGCUGCUGCUGCUGCUCCUGCUGCUGCUCCUGCUGCUGCUGCUGCUGCUCCUGCUGCUGCUGCUCCACCAAAAGCAGCAGCAGCGGCAGCAGACAAUAGAGGGCCCCAGAGUGCUCAAGGGGCACAAGACCGCGCCGCAGUUGCUGCUCUUGUUUCUGCUGCAGCAGCAGCAGCAGCAGCAGAGAAUCGCAGCAAAUUGCUGCAGGAGCUGUCCUCUGAUGAGGAUUAG